AUGCUAAUGGAUUUCCUUCUAAUUGGUCUGUAUUUAAAGUGGACGCUAAGAAAGCCCCCUGGGUUGUUACUGUGCUCUCUGGGCAUCCUUUUGAAAAUGGUUCCCCUGGUAGGGGGCACCUGUCCAAGACUGUGCCGCUGCGACAGCAAGCUCCUCUACUGUGAGGGGCUCAACUUGACGGACAUUCCCCAUAACCUGAGCAGCGCCACCGGCUUAUCCCUUCGGGAGAACAACAUCUCAGAGCUACGUGAGGGGCACUUUGUUGGCCUGUCGCAGCUCACCUGGCUAUACUUGGAUCAUAACAACAUCGAAUACAUAGAGGAGAGUGCUUUCGAGAGGCUGCGGAGGAUUAAAGAAUUGGACCUGAGCACCAAUCGGAUAGAGAGCCUGUCUAAUGGAACCUUCAGACCCCUACCCAAUCUGCGCAUCUUGGAUUUAUCCUACAACAGACUGCAGUCCCUGGAGCCAGACCUUUUCCAUGGGCUUAGGAAGCUUACUAAUUUGCAUUUACGGUACAAUGCCCUAAAAUUUGUGCCUGUACGUAUCUUUCAAGACUGUAGGAGCAUGCAGUUUCUGGAUUUGGGCUACAACCAGCUGCAGAGCCUGGCCCGAAACUCAUUUGCUGGUCUUUUUAAGCUGACGGAGCUGCAUCUGGAGCACAAUGAGCUGGUGAAAAUCAACCUGGCCCACUUUCCCCGCCUCAUCUCACUGCGCACACUCUACAUGCGUAAUAACAAGGCCACCAUUGUGGUCAGCACCCUAGACUGGACCUGGCACUUCCUGGAAAAGAUUGAUUUCUCAAACAAUGAGAUUGAAUACAUCGAGCCACAUGUCUUUGAGAGUGUGCCCAACCUCAAGGAGCUCAUGCUGGACUCUAAUAAGUUGACAUAUGUAGACCAGCGCAUUCUGGGCUCCUGGACAUCCCUGGGUAGUAUCACAUUGUCUGGGAAUGCAUGGGAAUGUAGCCGCAAUGUCUGUGCCCUGGCCUCUUGGCUGAGCAGCUUCCAGGGCCAACGUGACAGUGCCUUGCAGUGUGCCAGUCCAGACAUGGCCCAAGGUGAGGACAUCCUGGAUGCUGUUUAUGCCUUCCAGCUAUGUGAAGAUGGCGUCGAGGCCACCACUCAGACCUAUACAGCUACUAGAGACCUGGCCAGAGGCUCCAUUUUUAAAGGUCCCACCAGGACACCGUAUGAUUUGCAAGACAUGGAGGGUGGCGAGGUGGUGACCAAUUCCUUCACAGUGACUGCAGCCACCGAUGACCUGGAGAGCACCAUGCAGAUCCACAAGGUAGUGACAGGUACCAUGGCACUCAUCUUCUCAUUCCUGAUUGUAGUGCUCAUGCUCUAUGUGUCUUGGAAGUGUUUCCCAGCUGGCGUGAGGCAGAUGAGACAGUGCUUCAGCAACCAGCGACGCAAGCAGAAACAAAAGCAGACCAUGCAGCAGAUGGCCACCAUGUCUACUCCCGAAUACUAUGUUGACUACAAGCCCAACCAUAUCGAAGGGGCCCUCGUCAUCAUCAAUGAAUAUGGAUCCUGCACUUGCCAGCAACAGGCAUCUCGAGAGUGUGAGGUGUGA